AUGUCUUCCGCAUUGAAAGAAACAUUUGCCCGUUGCAAAAGGGAAAACCGUAAUGCUUUAGUCAAUUUCAUUACUGCCGGCUAUCCAACUAUUGAAGACACUGUCCCCAUCCUCACCAAUAUGCAAAAAGCUGGGGUUGAUAUUAUUGAAAUUGGUAUACCGUUUUCUGACCCUAUUGCUGAUGGCCCCACUAUUCAAACUGCCAACAUCAAAGCUUUGGAAAAUGGAAUGACGGUGGCUAAAGUAUUGGAUUCAGUGAAACAAGCACGUAGUGCUGGAGUUUCGGUUCCUUUAAUCUUGAUGGGUUAUUAUAACCCCAUUUUAAAAUAUGGUGAAUCGCAAUUUUUACAAGAUGCGGCAUCAGCUGGCGUUAAUGGAUUCAUUAUUGUUGAUUUACCACCGGAAGAAGCUGUUAAAUUCAGACACGCUUGUUCUAAACAUGGAUUGUCAUAUGUCCCUUUGGUAGCACCAGCUACUACUGACGAAAGAUUGAAAGUAUUGGGACAAAUUGCUGAUUCAUUUGUAUAUGUUGUUUCCAAAAUGGGUACUACUGGUGCUUCCAACAAGGUUAGCGCUGGUAUUGAAGAAUUGUGUGCUCGAGUACGAAAAUAUAUUGGUCAAGAUACUCCCAUUGCGGUUGGAUUUGGUGUCUCUACGAGGGAACAUUUUCUUGCUGUGGGUAAAGUUGCUGAUGGGGUGGUUAUUGGAUCGAAAAUUGUCACAUUGAUUGGUGAGUCCAAGCCUGGUGAGCGCGGUGAAACUGCUUACAAGUAUGUUAGAUCGAUCCUUGGUGAUGAUUAUAAUGCUACAGCUCCCGAACAAUUCCAAAAUGGCAACAAGGUUGAUAAAGAAGAAGGUGGUGAUCUCACCUCCCAACAACCCGAUUUCCAAGAAUCACACAAGUAUAACCCACGUUUUGGUGAUUUUGGUGGUCAAUAUGUCCCUGAAGCCCUUCAUACUUGCUUAGCUGAAUUGGAAAAGGGGUUUGAAGAAGCUGUUGCUGAUCCACAAUUUUGGAAAGAGUUUAAAGACUUGUAUUCAUAUAUUGGAAGACCAUCCUCAUUACAUAAAGCAGAAAGAUUGACCGAGCAUGCUGGAGGUGCCACUAUUUGGUUGAAAAGAGAAGAUCUAAACCACACUGGUUCACACAAGAUCAACAAUGCCUUGGCACAAGUACUUAUUGCCAAACGAUUGGGUAAGAAGAAAAUUAUUGCUGAAACUGGUGCUGGUCAACAUGGUGUUGCUACCGCUACUGCUUGUGCCAAGUUUGGAUUGGAAUGUACGGUAUUUAUGGGAGCUGAAGAUACUAGACGUCAAGCACUAAAUGUUUUCCGGAUGAAGAUUCUUGGCGCCAAUGUUGUCCCCGUCAAGAAUGGUACUCAAACUUUACGUGAUGCCACUUCAGAAGCUUUUAGAUUCUGGGUUUCUAAUUUGGAGACUACUCAUUAUGUCGUUGGGUCAGCAAUUGGACCCCAUCCAUACCCAACUUUGGUUCGUACUUUCCAAAGUGUCAUUGGACAAGAAGUGAAGCAACAAUUUGCUGAAUUAAACAAUGGUAAAUUGCCCAAUGCCGUUGUUGCUUGUGUUGGUGGUGGAUCCAACUCUACGGGAUUAUUUUCUCCCUUUGAAAAGGACUUGGACGUCAAGAUGUUGGGAGUUGAAGCUGGUGGUGACGGUAUCGAUACCGAUCGUCAUUCAGCUACUUUGACCGCUGGUUUACCUGGUGUUUUCCAUGGAGUAAGAACAUUUGUAUUGCAAGAUGAUGAUGGACAAGUUCACGAUACCCAUUCGGUAUCGGCUGGGUUGGAUUAUCCUGGUGUUGGACCUGAAUUGGCAUAUUGGAAAUCCACGGGAAGAGCUGAUUUCAUCGCUGCUACCGAUGCUCAAGCUUUACAAGGUUUUAAACUCUUGUCACAAUUGGAAGGAAUCAUUCCGGCCUUGGAAUCGUCGCAUGCCAUUUACGGUGGAGUUGAGUUGGCGAAAACUUUACCUCAAGAUCAACAUAUUGUCAUUAAUGUGUCUGGAAGAGGUGAUAAAGAUGUUCAAUCGGUUGCUGAAGUGUUGCCCAAGUUGGGUGAGGAAAUUGGUUGGGAUUUGCGAUUUGAAGAAGACCCAUCAAAGAAGAAUGUCUUGUGA